AUGUCCUCGAACCCAGACAAGGAGAUCGUGCUCGUAACAGGAGCAACCAACGGUAUCGGUCUGGACACCGUCAUUUAUAUUGCCUCUGCAUCUCCAAAGUACCAUGUCAUAAUCGGCGCGCGCAACAUGUCGAAAGGCGAAACAGUCUUGAAAGAUGUGCAAGCCAAGGCAGGCAUCCAAGGCACACUCUCCCUCGUGCAACUCGACGCCAAUGACGACGCUUCUAUCCAAGCUGCUGCAAAGAAGAUCGAAGAGGACUUCAGCAAGCUCGAUGUGCUUAUCAACAACGCUGGUGUAUGUCCCGAGAGAGACGGCACUUGGCCCGACCGGGAGAUAAUGCGUACCACAUUCGAAACCAACGUCUUUGGCCCUACCAUCCUCACAGAAGCUCUCAUUCCCGCAAUGAAGCGCUCAUCCAAUCCGCGCAUUAUCAACGUGUCCUCUACUAUGGGUAGCAUCACUUUGAUCUCCGAUCACAGCUCUCCCUACGCCCAGGUUAAAUACCCCGGAUAUCGCAUGACUAAAGCUGCGCUCAACAUGUUGACGGCAUACCAGUACGUCCAGCUCAAGCCGGAUGGCUUCAAGGUCUGGACGUACUGCCCGGGCUAUGUGGUGACGGACAUAGGAGACGACAAAGAGCAAAGGAAGGAACAAGGCCUUGAGAGUUCAGAGACGAGUGCGCUAGGAUUGUUACAGAUUGUGCAAGGCGAGAGAGAUGCAGAUGUAGGAGGGUUUGUCGGCAGAUAUGGACAGAAGUAUGGAAAGAGCAACAUGUUGGGAUCAUUGGCUUCUGCGAGCGUAAUGCUCUUCGCUCAAAGCGCACUAGCAUCCAAGUCUGAGAUCCGUUUCAACCAUAUUCAAGUCGUCGGAACGCACAACUCCUACCAUCGUGAAGUCUCACUCGCCGAGCGACCAGUCUUUGAGAAAUACGUACCGUCUCCAGAAGACUACUACUACUCGCAUGCAGAGCUCGACAAUCAAUUGGAGUAUCAGUCCGUGCGCUCUUUCGAGCUCGACUUACAUUCGGAUGAAAAGGGCGGCCUGUACUAUCCUCCUGUCGUAUGGACGCUAUCAAACUUGACAAACGCCACCACUCCUUACAACGGUGACAUUUUGAAGAAGCCAGGUAUCAAGGUGUUUCACGUCACAGACUUCGACCCCGAUUCUGUCUGCCACACCUUCAUCGACUGUCUCAAGCAGUUGAAGAGUUGGUCAGACGCAAACCCGAGACACGUCCCUAUCACUAUUGACCUCGAGCUCAAGACCGAUGCGCCGGCAUGUUCGUUAGGCGGUGUCUGCCCUGGCGAAGCGACAAACUGGACGCUCCCUCGCCUCUUGAACGUCGACGCGGAGAUCCUCUCCGUAUUCCCUAAGAAGCAACUCAUUCGCCCUGAUGACGUGCGCAAGAGUGGUCUUACCCUCGAGCAGUCCAUCUUGCAACAAGGCUGGCCGAAGCUAAAGGAUGUUCGCGGCCGCCUUCUGUUUUUCUUCGAUAACGACCCAAAACCCAGUGACCCGAACUCGCCUCGCGAGCUCUACAAAACCGGCGCCCCCUCGCUACAAAACCGCACUGUCUUCACCAAUGCGCUCGAAGGAUCUUCCGAUGCUGCAUUCAUCAAAUACAAUGAGCCGCGCAGCAAUGGCACAGCAGAGAUCCAGCGUCUUGUCAAGAAGGGCUACUUGAUCCGAACACGUGCUGAUAUACCCAUCGAUACCAUCUUGAAUCGUACUACGGAGAUGAGGGAUCUAGCUUUUGAGAGUGGUGCGCAGAUUGUCAGUACCGAUUUCCCGGCUUGGGGCAUGAGCAGUCGAUGGGGCUGGGACUAUGUCGCCAGGCUUCCCGGAGGAUUGGCUGCGAGAUGCAAUCCUCUUAUCGCACCGGAAGGCUGCAAGGACAAAGAUCUGGAGUAG